GUGUGUGUUUAUAUAUAAUAUGAUCGGAAAGAGAAGCUAUUUUUAUUUAUUUAUUAUUUAAUAUCAUGACUCAAAGACGUGCGGACCCUCUAGGAAGCUGUGGAUCCAGUGGCUCAAUGUACUCCUCAGACGAAGAAGAAGAUGGUGGCGGUAUCAGCUUCACAACCACGGAGACAAAGUGUGAGCUCUUGUUCGAGCAAGGACUGGAGCUCAAGAUAUGUGGUGAUAUGGAGAGAGCUCUAACGUGUUUCCUGGACUGUCUGAAGGGCAUGCAAAAGUGCCAGUACUUUGCCAAACUGCCACAAACCUUGCACCACCUAGGAGAGCUGUACAGCACCUCAGGGAACACAGAGAUUGCACUGGAGUUUGCACAAGCUGAGAAACUAUUCUAUGAAGCAGUUCUGGUUAGCUCUGAGAACACUGCCAAGGAGAAAUCAACGAGAACAAAGCGGAAACUGUUUGCAAAGAGGAGGACUACCAAAACCAAGAAUUCAGGAUCUAACCCGGCAGAGUACGGCAAUCUACUGAUAAAGAAAGCGGUGGAAUAUGAGAUGUUAGCGAGAAUGUGUGCCAAAGAGAAGAAGUUUGACCUGGCUGUGGACUACUCCGGCAAAGCUGCUAAUCUGAAGCGAUCUGUGUACGGAAAUGACCACCCGGACAGUAUUAGUGCCAUGGAGACAUUCACUUUGAUGUACGCUGAGAUGGGGAGGAGUGAUUACGCUACAGCAUUGAAACAAGUGGAAAAGGACGGCCUCCUUCACGAGGCAGACCAUGUGGGGGGCCUCCUCCACGAGGCAGACCAUGUGGUCUCAGGGCAGCAGGAAACCACUUACACCCCUGAAAGACAACCACAACUUGUAGCACUUCAAGAAUUCCCUCCACAGGAAGAAGGCCAACGGACCCCAUUGAAUGAAUGUAAACAAACCUCCCACACAGAUUCAAAUGAACAAGGAAACGGCAAUGAAUCCACUCUGCUAUGCCCUGAUCAGUACAAAGGACAAGUGCAGCUAUUGCAACCAUGCCCUCUCAUUGAAGACACUUCUAAACUGUCUAAUGACAUUCACUGGUCAGCUGCGGACAAUGUGAUCCACACUGGAACGGAGCGACUGGAGAUAUGUAUACACAAACCAGAACUGAACAUUGAGCACAAUCGAUUCUGCCCACUCUGGGUUUUGCUGCUGGGUGGACUCUUGGAAAUGUGUCUGUUAACCUAUGUGGCAGGUAUGGUGUGCCUGAGUUGACCCUUGCCGUGUCUUGUUUCGCUUUGUCUAGUAACGUUAACUGUUCAAUUAAUUCUUUUGUGUCUUUUGUUGUUGAUACAUGCACUUUACUUUUGGAGCCACCGCUGCAUUCCAUUGAUUUUUAUCAUGAUUCUAUUUAUCCUGCCAUUUGUAAUUAUCACAUCAACACUUCCACUUGACGAAAUAUUGAAUAAUUAGUUAAACUG